AUAACAAAAAAGAUACUAGAAUAAAUGACACAUUAAAUAUCGAAAUAGAAUUAGAUAAUGAAGAAGUUAUAGUACUAAAUAAAAAAAUUGACUAUGUAGUAUCAAAUGAAGGAAUUGACGAUGAAUUAUCAAAUAAAGGAAUCGAUUAUAAAAAAGAAUUAUCCGAAGAUGAAUUGUUUAACAAGGGAUCUUAUGAAGAAUUAUUUAAUAAUAGUGGUGAUGAUGAUGAAAAUUUUAGUGAAGAUGAAUUAUCUGAUGUUAUUCAUGAAGUAAUCGAAGUAGAGAAGAAUGUAGUCGAAGAAAAGAAGAAUAUUGAAGCCCUAAGUAAAGUCAUUAAUAUGCUUGUUAAAAAGGUUCACAUCCUCAAAGCUUCUAGCUCGACCAGCUACCAACCUGAAAAAAAAAUACUUUCAGUUCAAUCAAUGCUUCUUAGAUAUGUAUUAAUAUUCCCAGAACCCAAAGAUGAAGUUGUCCAGAUCCUUAAUGGUCUUGAUAAUUCACUUCAACUGGAUCACACUAAAAAAUGGAUUGAGAUCGCUGGGAAUAUUUCAAAACAUAUAAUAAAAGUGAUCAAUAAGGUUAUGGAGGGAAGGUUUUGGUAUAAAGAUGUAGAAUUAAAAUGA